AUGCAUCGACCAGGUAAUCGCACUGGCCCGGGAGACUCGCUCGGUAUGUUCACAUCGCGUGCAGGUCAACCACCCAGCGGCCCCCCAGCCUCGGACCCAACCCAGCCAUUGGCGCGCACGGUCGUCCCCCAGCCAUCGCCAGGACUUUUCCAACAGCAGCAACGCGGGCAGAACAGCUUUCCCUUCAACGCCGGAGCCCUCCAGCAACAGCAAGCACAAGCACAAGCAGCUCUCCCUUCACAAUCCCUCUCGCACGCCGCACACCAGCAACAACAGCAGCCUCAGGGCGCCGGCGCCAGGCGGAGCCACCAACCUCGCCCCUCCGUGUCCUCCCAAAGCGAACUUGGUCUCGACCCAAACGACUUUCCGGCUCUGGGAGCGGCCCCGGCAAGUAGCACGCCUGCGGCUUCAAGCGCGAACACGACGAGCUACGCGAGCCAGGCGGGAACGGGUGCAGGCGCGAGCGCGGUACAGGCGGUUGCAGGGCUGGGUGGCGUACAGCAGCGGGAGUUGACGGCGGAGGACUUCCCCGCGCUCGGUGGGCAAAGCCAGUCGAAUCAGCAACAGCAGCAAGCACCGGGGCCGCAACAACCCGCGGCUGACGGGCACCCACCAGGCCUCAACGGCUUCCAGCAACAUGGCGAUCGGCAGCAUCAGCAGAACCUGCUCGGGUCGCUCGCGGGCGGCGUGCAGCAGCAACCCGGGCUGCUCAACCUCGGACAGCAAGCGAGGGGGGUCCUGCCGGGCUUCCAGUCUGAUGCGGACAAACAGCGGCAACAGCCCACCGGCGCGUUCCCCAACGGCCAGCAGAACCACACCCAGUCGCAGCCGGCGGCGCCACAGCAGCAGACACAAGGGCCGCAACAGCAUCUGAACGCCCCACCAGGCGUGCCACCACCCGCGGGCUUUCCGCAACAACCGACCCCCGCGCAACCUACUCCGUACGUUGCCAACGGUACCGGUGCCGACACCCCGCACCACCCUUCACAAACACCGGCCCACGCGACGAGUGCCGUCCCACAGACGCCGGCCCAGCAAGUUCUCAUGUCGCCAGCGGACCGUUGGGGGCUUCUUGGCCUGCUAGCGUUGAUAAAGAGCGCGGACCCGGACCAGAGCUUACUGGCAAUAGGGACGGAUUUGGGGACGAUGGGGCUGGACAUGCAAAAUUCAGGAAGCCUAUAUUCCACGUUCAUCACCCCAUGGGCAGACUCGUCCGCCGCGCAUACGGUAGAACCGGACUUUCACCUUCCUGCAUGUUAUAACGUUCAACCCCCACCUCCCGGACCGAAUAAGGCUGCUGCGUUCAGCGACGAGACGCUGUUCUUCAUGUUCUACUCGUCACCCAGAGACGCACUCCAGGAGAUCGCCGCGCAAGAACUGUUCAACCGCAAUUGGCGAUACCACAAAGAGAUGCGAAUCUGGAUCACGAAGGAAAACAACACGCAGCCGUCAGCGAAAGUUCCCGGGGGCGAGCAAGGACGGUACGCGUACUGGGACCCAGAGAGCUGGGAGAAGGGCCAGAAGGAGAUGUCCGUGCUCUAUGCCGACCUCGAGGAAAAGAACCACCCAGUGUUCGCGCAGGGCCAACUUCCGGCAAGUGCGGCACAACCGCACACCGCGGCGCCGCCCUCGCGAGUAGGUCAGGCGUUCCAGGGCAUCAGCAUGGGUGCGAUAUGA